CGUGAUUUGAAACAGUAAGAAAUUGAUAUGAAUUGUCUAGUUUGCAGUGUCAAAUAACUUUUAGAUGUAUCACUUAGUUAGCUCUAUAAAUUCACACAUUUUGCUGCAUGAGAUGGUACUACUGAUGGGAUUAGCCCAAACCAUAGAUGGACAUUUCAGGGAUCAGGAUGAAAAGCAUGAAUUUUUUAGUGGAAAUAAUUUAGGUUUCCUUGUUCACCUGAGAGUUGGUAAGGAUGCUAAUUAUGGCAUAAAGGUGAAGCGGAUUGAGGCUGAUCUGAAGAUCCUGAAAUUACAGGAAGAAAUUUUGGUACUAUUUCCCGAUAAUGAAGAAAAGCAACAUGUUAGGCAACGGCUUCUCCUGCCAGUAGAUCUUAUUGAAUUGUGCCUUACAAGUCAAAAUCGAGAGCUCUCCUUGAGAGCUUUUGAUGUUUUUGCAUACACCAGCUCAUCCUUUUUGAAAUGUAACACGAGCGUGUUGGAGGAGUGCUGGAGGAAUGCUGCCAAUCAGGAUGACUGGGAAAGACUCUAUCAAACAUCUAUUGAUGAAGGGUGGAGUGAUGAAGAGACCUUACAGACUAUUAGAGAAACCAUACUUUUCCAGGCUUCUAGUAGGUGUUAUGGACCCGAAGCGGAAAAUUAUGAAGGAGGGUUUGAUGAAGUCCUACCGCUAAGGCAAGAAAAUCUAGAGCCUCCAACUUCAAAGGAUAUGGUUAGUUCAGUGGAAGCCAUUCUGAUGCAACACAAGGACUUUGCGGUUGCUGGAAAGUUGAUGCUGACUGCAAUUAUGCUGGGAAGCUAUCAGGUCGAUGCAGGAAUGGAAGAGAGUCCUACGCCUAUGGGGUGAUGGUAACGAUUCACAGCAAUGCUUUCUGUCAGACAUCUCUUGUUACUUUUGUGCGAUUAGUAUGUCUGUUGGCUAGAAAAAGCUCUCGUGGCGAGCAAACAUGGUUAAUGGUAAACAAUACCAGAGAACUGCCAUAGGAUUGUAAUUUUACGUCGUUGCUAUUGCGGGGUUUUUACCAGUUAUUAUGGUAUCUUCUAAAGCUAAUUGAGUAGUAGUGGUCAAUGUAGUUUUCACUCUUUGCCUAAACAAUAUGGCAAGAGGGUUAUUGUUGUACAUCCUUUUGGAGUGAGCAUGCUUUUUGUACAUCUAAAUAAGAAUAUAUUGAGGGCGGCUUCUGACACGAUAGUAAAAUUUUGUCGUUAUAGAUUUGAGUUAGACAUACUCUUUACAUGUA